CGUCACUUCCUCCUGGUAUGGACGUCUGCACGUGUUGAACAAGCGACUGUUUACAGUUUCUUGUUAAUUUGAGACUUUAGGUAGCACAUCCCAACAAAAAAAGCAAUAGUAUUGUAGCGACAUAUUCUUUCAAAGUAUACAGAUGCCGAAAGUUAAAAAGUCCAGAGGCGGAGGAGGAGAGAAGAGCGGCGGAGCGGUAGCGCUGGCUGACCAGAUCAUGCAGGCGGACACGGUGCGAGCCCGAGGCCGGGUGAAGACCAGAGACAGCCGGCCAGAAGACGAGGACAAGUACGUGGACGAGCGACUGUCGCGGAAGAUCUUACAGCAGGCCCGGAUUCAACAAGAGGAGCUCCAGGCUGAGCAUGGCCUGGCACCGGAGAAGAAGAAAACACCAGUCACUGUUCUCGGGUCUGGCACUCAGGAUGCAGACUCAGAUGAGGAGUGGCCUGCGCUGGGAGCAGCAGGUGCUGGUGACAGCGAUGCUAUGUGUGAUACUGAAAUCGUCGUCGAUGCUGAAGAUGAGAAGGCCAUGGAAAUGUUCAUGAAUAAAAACCCUCCAAUGAGACGGACCCUCGCUGACAUUAUCAUGGAGAAGAUUACGGAGAAGCAGACGGAGGUAGGAACAGUGAUGUCAGAGGUGUCAGGAUGUCCAAUGCCCCAGCUCGACCCGAGGGUAGUAGAAGUGUACAAAGGUGUCAAUAAGGUUCUGACAAAAUACCGCAGUGGUAAAUUGCCAAAGGCUUUUAAAAUAAUCCCAGCUCUCGCAAACUGGGAGCAGGUUCUCUAUCUGACUGAUCCUGAGAGCUGGACUGCAGCUGCCAUGUACCAGGCAACAAGAAUCUUCUCAUCCAAUCUCAAAGAGCGAAUGGCUCAGCGCUUUUACAACUUAGUGCUGCUGCCUCGAGUACGUGACGAUAUCGCAGAGUACAAGAAACUCAACUUUCAUCUCUACAGUGCUCUGAAGAAAGCCUUGUUCAAACCAGGAGCAUGGUUCAAAGGUAUACUGAUCCCUCUAUGUGAAUCUGGGACGUGUACUCUCAGGGAAGCCAUCAUCAUCGGAAGCAUACUAACAAAGUGCUCGAUCCCUGUGCUCCACUCCAGCGCUGCAAUGCUUAAGUUGGCAGAGAUGGAGUACAACGGCGCCAACAGCAUUUUCCUGAGGCUUUUGCUUGACAAGAAGUACGCCCUGCCUUUCCGUGUCCUAGAUGCCUUGGUGGCUCACUUCCUGUCUUUCCGCAGUGAAAAACGUGUGCUUCCUGUGCUGUGGCAUCAGAGUUUACUCACCCUGGCCCAGCGCUACAAGGCCGACCUGGCCUCCGAACAGAAGACGUCACUGCUGGAGCUGCUGAAGAUACAAACACACCCUCAGAUCUCUGCAGAGAUUCGCAGGGAAUUGCAAAACUCAGAGUCAAGGGAUAUUGAAAUCGGGAUCCCUGUGACAGUUGAAAUGGACUGAGGUUUCAGUGUGUGUGGUCUAACACAUCCUCCUUCUCUGAUACAAAUGAUUCAUGGUUUCUUCAUCAUGAAGAAAACAUUGUGAAAUCUAACUUCUUUAUUCUUCCUGUUCUAUUAAAGGACAGUUUCAAAACAUGGCUGUGUCUCUGCAGGCAAAUUCUGUCCCCUGCUUGGAUGAGUUUGCACAUUUGAAGAUGCACAUCAGUACUGAUGUUUGAUGUUGUGAUUUUGUAUCAUGCAUUUCUGAGGUGUUGUCCUGCAGUUUUGGUGGAGUGAUCAUUUGGAUACAAAGACUGGCAUUUGUGACCACUUGAUUAAAAGCAACUUUGUUGUUUUGGAGCAACAAUUUGGAUUAAAAACGAAACUGAAUCCUUAAAA